AUAACUUAUUCGCUGGCAGACAUUCCGGUUUGCCAUGGGCAACAACUCCAUUGGUCUUGAGAUUUGGCGCCUUCUGAGGCCCACGGCAUACUGCAGGUGCAGUGGCCCCAGAGCAAAUCGGUACGAAUAUGGUCACUGAUCGGCUGUCCUUCAAUCACGCCUGGCACCUUUAACCGAGCUCCAUUUGCAACAGAAACUUGUCUGAACUCGAACUGUAUGCGCAGGCAGUAAAAGGUACAUGAAAUCCAGAAGCCUCGCUGAACAACCAGAGGGCCUAUUGUAUCCCGAGGGUUCGGCGUUUUGACUUUUUUUUUUGCAGCAACAUCCCUCUUCAUCCCCUUGUUGUUACCUAUCCCUGACUCUCUGAAAUCAGCAUGCCUAGCACCACCGGAAAACAGCCCUAUGUUUCAACUGACUUAACCCCUGGUUUAGCCAAACGGUUAUAUGGGCCAAUAAUCAUUCUCGACAUAUUGAACGAAAAGCUCAUCGAUAUCCAGAGUGCACAAUCGGACUCGGAGCAGGUGACACGCAGUGACUCCACUGAGGUCUUCCCCUGUUUCGUCAACAAAUUGGCACAGAUAUGUGACAUCAAGCAUGGUGGUGACAAUGUCACGGCUGUUGCAGUGCUGCAGCCUGGCCGCAUUGAGUACCGUCUCACGUCCAACAACCGCACCGGUGUCGCGUUUGAGGAGGUCAAGAACUUCCUCACCCACGACAUCCUCGGCGCGUUGGGCACGACCUCGGACGAGGCACUACGUGAUAACACACAGAUGGCAGAGUUGCGCUCUUCGAUUUUAUUGAAGGUGUUGACAUUCAACCGGUGGCGGAUCGACAGCUACGUCAAAUCCCUGGUUGACAACGUCGGCUUCUGUAUCGACAGCUGCGACCGCGAGGGAAGCCCUAAAACCAAUUCAGUGUCCCGAGACCUUCGCGCCAUUCGGCACGCAGCAGAAAUGGCAAGGCAAGAACGGUCAGAUCCAGCCAGCUUUGGCCGACAGAGCUACAGCUUGCUGCAGGUAAUCGCGGCCUGCUACCACGGCUUCGAAGAUUUUCUCCGCCUUAAGAGCAGGUCCGACCGGGAGCGAACCACCCCGACAUCGUGGAGCAACGUGCGCCAUGCCAUCGGUCGCCUACACUCGUACUCUAUUGCGACGCUGGUAUUCGUAGAGGCGCGCAUUCGGUGGCCAGAGCUCUUCGUCGACUUUGAGGUCACGCACGUCCCCUCGGCGCCCCGCGGCGGCAACCCGCUGAAGAUGAAGGAGAAUCGAUGCAGGGUGUAUUAUAUCCUGCGGUCCUUAAACGCGGAAAACGAAGUGCUUGACACCUACAAGGCUUUCAACUUGCAGCUUAGUGACCAAAUGGACGAACGGCUCAAGACCCAAAUAAAGGCGCCCAGUAAUAAAUUUUACACGGUCGUACACGCCGAGGUUAACCUGGCCGACAACAUCCACCGCGAACAAUCCAUGAACAUGGACGCGGAGGGACCUGUGCGAUUCUUUAACGAGAGCAUCUUUGGCCGUUACAUUGGCAGCAGCAAGCCUACCUGCCUACUCUGCGACCUGUUCUUCGACGUGCACCCCAUGAGAUUCCGGCGCCGGCACUCUCACCGCAACCUCUAUGUCAAGUGGCGGGUGCCUCAGGGGACGGCCAAGAAUGUUGUUGAGGACUUGGCAAAUAAGCUCAAAAGGAUCGUCUUCCAGACGAUCACGGAGCGGGCAGGCAGGGUGCAGAGCAGGUUCGAUUCGCGCCACACGCCGACGGAUCCCUGGUGCACAUCUGCGGGGCACCACCAUUACAUUGCAGCGCAGGCGGCGGGGGCUGAUCUUGGGUUGGUGAGCGAGCAGAGGGGAUAUACUGAUUUGGGUGAUACGGAUGAGGAGUUGUUUGAGGGCGGCAAGUCUGAGGAAGGGGUUGAGAAGCCGGAAGGCUUUAUGGACCGGUUGGACCAUGUUCAGGCCCACAGUUGUGGUUGGAGAGAUCGGCGUGGCAGUUGCCAUGCUUCGGAUGAUGAGGAUUUGGAUGAGGAUUCAGAAGAUGGAGGCGCCAAGCUUUAGGGCACUGCGUCUUUGGCCUCCUCUGACCUAGUCUGGUUAUAGGUCGUUGCCAAGUUGUGUAUGCUGGUCAGCGUAUCGGGAUGGCCGACACCCAGCUUCGUCUUGCGAGUUUUCAACACCUGCACGUCCAGCUUCUCGGGCCUCCUCCCACCGGCGUUGGUCCCGGUACGUCGACGCUAGCUUGCCCAUGCUGGCCAACGUCAACGGAUGCUCCAGCCCUAACACUUCUCUUCGCAGUUCUCCAGCCUCUAACUGGAGCCUCUCCGCCUCCUUCCA